AUGAGAAGGAGUGAUAUCUUUUCUGUUGCCAUUAGCAACAGUAUGUCAUGGCAACUUACGAAGAUAAUUGCAGCUAGAGAGUUAUUACAUCAGCUGGGAGGAUGGAACUCAGUAGUCCAUAAUGACAAAUAUAGCAUUAAGAAAGCUUAUAAGCUUUUGAUGGGGUCAUUUGAGAAGGUGGAGUGGAGCAGGCUUAUUUGCAAUAACAAGGCUAGUCCCAAAAGUAAAUUUACUCUCUGGAUGGUAUUGCAGAACAGAGUUCCUACAGCAGAUAGGCUCAGUAAAUGGAACAUUCCCUACUCUAUUAGGUGUAAAUUAUGUGAAGCUGAAGAUGAAUCCAUUCAGCACUUGUUUUUCACCUGUGAUUAUGCUACAACAAUCUGGAAGGCUAUUCAUAGCAAGAUGCAUUGGGAAUACCAGGCUCGUUCUUUUUGUGAAGAGGUUAGGAAGGUCAGGAUCAAAGCUCGUGGGCAAAGCUGUCAAGCUAGGCUUUAUGUUAGGCUUUUUACAGAGGCUGUUUAUGCAAUAUGGCUUCAAAGGAACAAUAAAGUGUUUAAUGAUGCUGUAGUUCCUGCUACUGAAUUAGUUAAAGAAAUUAUAUUUAGGACUGCAUGUAACUGUCCUGAGAAUGAAAGAACUAUGCUAGUUGAUUAG